AAUGUGGAAUACAGCGAAGGAUUAAGCUAUGGGCUGUCUUGGAUGGCCCUGUUAGAGAUUGCUCGACCGUUGCCGCGUACAUUGGUCUACAUGUCCCCGGGGAGCUGCUGCAUGUGUGGUUUGCCAGUUAGAGAUCACGCCAAGCAUCUUUGUACCGAUAAAACUAAAUCUCUUGUUUCCCCGAAAUCUCCCAUCAAACCUGUCAUUGAAACUCAGGUUCCCCCAGCGAUCAAGACUUCACCGCCUCUCAUCAAGAAAGAUGACAUCACUACCAAGCCGCAGAACGACGUCACAAAAAGUACCCAGCCCGUUAAGAAAGAGGAGCCCCCUACGACGGGACUGGUGGUCCCACACAUUGUCAAAUCAACUCCUGUCCUAGCGCCAGCUCCAGCCCCACCCGACGUGGUUACCCCAGAUGUCCAGCUGUGGCUCAAUACCAUGUCCCGCUCGCCUCAUGCCGAGCGCCACCCGCCCUCUCCUUCACCCUCCGUCUCCAGCGAGAACAGUCAGGUGUCUGGAACUGUGGUGAAGACUAUCGCUCAGCACUCUCCGUCACCCAAGACAAACGAAUCGGAACGUGAACACAAGCAAGCAGGCGGAGUCGAGACAACAUCCAAAUCUGCUGUCAGCACCACGUCCCAAGAAACGGUGCCUCAGAAAGAGACGCCCUCUCAAAAAGAGACGCCCUCUCAAAAAGAGACGCCCUCUCAAAAAGAGACACCCUCUCAAAAAGAGACGCCCUCUCAAAAAGAGACGCCCUCUCAAAAAGAGACACUGUCGUCUCAGAAAGACACGGGAUCUUCUGGAAAACACAAGAACUGUGAAAUGCAGAAGACAUUCGCCCAGCUAUCUGACAGGCAGAGCUCGUUGAAAGAGCGACUAAACGUACUGUCAAAGCGACUGUUUAGGUACAAGACUCGGGAGCUGGUACGGCAUAUUGUCAGUCAGUUGGACAAGUUCGACGAACAUGCUAUCAAAAAUCAGGUGGAACCAAAACAGCAACUACCCUGUCAGCACAAGUUCGAAGAUCGGCCCCCCUCGCACACGCGCCCCAUCUCGCACCGCACCCCCUCCUCCUCGGAGCCCCCCAUCGACGGACAUGCGUUCUCCACGAUGGAGAAGCUGCGCGUGAGUGUCGGAGAGGAACUGUUGCACGAGACCAGUGUGAUGCUGUCUAGGUACGACGACGAAAAGACCGACAGUAGCUCCGAUGAGGACGAAAACAAUCUCGAUAACGUCAGCGACAAGUCGGUUGAUCGAACGGAGUUGACAGCGAUUGAGCAGCGGUGGGAGCGGGAACGGGCGCAGAUCGCUGCGCAGUGGACCUGGAUACGGGGACAAUAUGAGGACCUGCAGCACAGGAUGCGGCGCGAGAGUGACUUGUUGAGCGUUUAUCGGGAGAAGAAGGAGAAAGUGGUCCUCCUACCAAACGAUCACUACAUGAAGGAUCACAUUCCGGACAAGUUUGCGCACCACCCCGCCAUGGUACCCCCUCUCAACGGAUAUCAUAACCACCCCUCUCUCAUGAUGAAAAACAACUUUAAAUUCGACAUGUCCCGCACUGGCCAGGAGAUGUACCUCAAAUCAAACCAGCACAAACGUAUGAACAAAACUUCUAAGAUAGACGGUAACACAUGCGCCCGGACCCGUCCCCUCGCCUGCAUGGUGCGACGCAAUGUCUUCACCGCCAAGGAGCACACCCGUAGUAUCGUGCAGAAAAAUGUGCCGCUGCGCUGCAGUGUGCUAGGCAAGCAUUGCAACAAAAAGUCGCGAUCCUACCCGGCAGAUGAUCUAAAACACGACACUUCCUACCACCCUGUUCUAUCUAGACGAUCAGAAACUCACCUGAAUGUUCAUCUAACUCCCCUUCUGUCUGGCGUUGAUUUCUUCCCUUCAGCCAACAGGAAGUUGCAUCCCCCUCCCGAACCUCGAUGUGAAACUCCAAAAGAAAAAGUAAAACCAGUCGUUGAGGAUAUUUUGCAGAUCAAUGUUGUAUCAAAUGAUGUUAAAAGUGGUCCCCCGCCUACCCCUUUAACUCCUUCUGCCUCUACUACUAACCACGCAACUCCUCUGACUCCCAAUCUCGCUAUAAUUACAUCUGAAUCGUCGGUUGGAAGUAUCCCAGAACCGCACACGCCACUAACAAAGAAACGAAGUAUGCCUGGUGCCACCGUCGAGCACAUGAUUAAGAAGUACAGAACAUCUAACUCACAACCUGGGUCCCGCGCAUCCUCUCCCACACACUCGGACAAGCGCAAGAAACUCAACCAGUUCGAUAUCCACAACAUCGAGGUCGACUUCAGUGUUGUUGCUCCAGCCAGGAUUGAACGACCACGCUACAAGGAAAUCGAGAUCCCCAAGUUUCGCAUUAUUACAGAGGAUAUGUUGAACGAAUUGGCGAAGUCUGAAAACCAAGACGAACUCGAAGAGGAUUCACAACAAGUUUUCGAACGUCUUCAUUCUCGCUGUGAGAGACUGGAAAAGGUGCGGUUUAUCAACAUGCAGAUAAACGCAACAGGAGGCAUGCGUGGAGCUAACACCGAGCUCAUGUCGCCCGCUCUGCUUUUGUCAGAUGACGGCUUCCCGUCAAACCUAUCGCUACCGUCUCCCUCAAAUAAACCAUCACCCCACCCUACGUCAGACAAACGGACAAUCGCUCUCCUGGAUCACCCUGAUAAGAGAGCACCAGCUCAGGCCGAGCGGUCCAGGGUGCCUUCGGCCCAACGAAAGAACAAUGGAAACAACGUCACGUAUCUUGAGGAGGAAAUCCGUCGGACACGUGCCAGCAAACACACGUCGGAUUAUCCGACUGCGGUUUCGUAGAGUUUUAUAACCAACAUUUUAGCUAUUUUAACGUUAAACCUAUCGAAAUUAAAUGAUUAGCAUCUGGAAUGCCAGUUUGAAGGUGGGGCUAUGUCUUAAAGUUGUUUGGAAAUAUUUGGUGGUUCUGUGGUCACUGUUCUCCAUUUUAUAACAAGCCGGCUCGGUUUUUCAUCCUAAUCUAUGUGCUGUAGAGUUUCCAUCAGUUUCUGUUGCCAUCAGCUCGAGUAUGUCACGUCAUUUCGACGAUCAUACGAUAUCAUUUCUCAAAAUGGGCUAGUAUCUAUAACUUUGAUAUCCUUAUGCAUAGUGAACGGUCAAUAAAUCUAGAUUACUACCUAAUUCGUCGUCGUCUCGCCAUUUAUCCUUUCUAGGAAAUACGGAAUAUUGGUUUUGUUGGUCAAACAGACUUUAUUCCUUCGGCAUUUUAAAUUGGGUAAUAAGGGGUCGGACAGCUGUAGGGUUCGGGUCACGGGUGCGGGUGGUGAUAGGGUUAUGGCCUGGACUAGAAUUAAUUGUGUGCGGUAAGUAAAAGUUAACAUUUCAAAUCAAGGCAUAAAACUCUAUUUGUGAAAUAUGACCCGUCUGUGUGAUAGAUAACAUAGAGUGCAUGAUUUACCAAAUUAACAAUUUAUUCUCCGCGAGUGGUCAUAGAAAUAAAAUUGCCGCAUUACGUACUGUCUAGGUAGGUCACCGCUCCCUCAACAGAACUGGGACAAAAUGUAACGCUUUAAACAGUCUUGGGAGACCAUGUCCUUCAGAUUAUGAAAAGUUUGGGGAAUGGGACCAUGUUAAGUAGCCAUAGAAAUGGGUCGUUGUAGUUCCCUGUAGUUAAUGUUCAUUGUUGCAAUUGUUAGGAAUAUCUCCAUCUAAAAUAUUGUGUGAAGUUCGGUUUAAUACCUUUCGAAAUGUUUUGUUACUGUUAGAAUUUUGCUAUGGCAACGAGAAUGCAAUUACUGUUUGUUAUUCAGUGCUAAGUUAUGUAUUUAAAUA